AUGGCAGAGGUUUCCUACACGACUUAUGGGCAGCCUAUGCCGGAUGUCAAAGGACUCGUUAUCCAGACUCCAUCUCUGCCACAGUGCGGCAACGUGAAUUUCAACUUCACCCAAACCCAAUACAGUUUUGCAUCUGGAUUUGUUGGACAAGUAAGAUAUGGAUCAACAGACGAAGGUCUAAUGAGCAGUGUGAAUAGUACUUGUCCCCAAUUCGUCAUGAUAUACGGAUACAUCGACCCCGAAAUCUCCAAAAAUAUCACCAAUGCAAACAUCAGCGUCGCAUGGUGCAACCCAUUCUACCAGCGACUUGACGUGAACGUCAGUUACUUGCUUCCGAACUACACAAUACAGUCUGCUAUAGCGGACGAGAACACAGCAGUUGUUCAAGCGCUCCCAGACAUAUGGCCCAUUACCGUGCAAAGUUUCACUGAUCUCCCGACAUCAUCGAAUAAUGGCGCAGGGUCGGACACGGAUCCAUUCUUCCAAUCGCUUUUAAUGUCCGACCCCAAUCCUCUGCCUCUUUCCAACAUCAGCCGGAACGAUAAGGCAUCAGACGUUUUGAGUAGUAUGGAAUCAGCAUACCAAAUCCUCUCAGCACAAAUAGCAAAUAUUUACCUCCGAUCUGUACCCCUUUCUCCAACACCAGCUUUGUCGGGUUCGUUGACUGAUAAUUCGAGAUUGAGACUUGUACAGAGUCCUAUUCCCACGCGUAUAUUGCAGGGUGUGCUGGCUGUUAUUUUGUUUUGUAUGAUUGUUGUGUUUAUCACGAGUUGGAAAUCUGAUAGGGUGUUGCCUUCAAGCCCGACUAGUAUCGCAGCGGUAGCUAGUUUGCUUGCUGGGGCAAAGCUGUUGGAAUGUUUUCCUGCGGGGUCGGAGUGGUUAAGUAAUGAGGAGCUGAGGAAAUUGGAGGUGUUUGGUGGCAAAGAGGGUUUUAGUCUGCGGUGGUGGGGUGAGGAGGGCAAUGAUGAUGGAGUGAGGUUUGGGGUUGAUAAAGAAGGCUUGGGUAAUGAUAUAUGA